ACUGAAGUGUAUGAACUAGCUUUUCUGUAUUGCAGGGUAAAUGACGCAUAUUGAUAUAGAAUGCUGUUCUACUGCGAUACGCUCUAUACCUAUGAUUCAUAAUAUUUUAAUAUUUUAAUUGAUUUGUGAUAGUAUAUAUUUCGUAAAUUAACAUGUUUGCAAAGAAAGAGAACUCAAAACGACAAACACGAGCUGCUGAUAGUCUUAUACAGUAUGGAAUUUUCGAUGUACCAGAAAAUUUGGAUGAUAUAAGUAAUAAUUUUAUGAAUGAUGAAGAUGAUGAUGAUUUAGAAGCUGAGCUAGCAGCUUUAACUAGUGAUAAUAAUAAUGGCAACUCUAGACGUGAUACAUCGCGUAAACAAGUUCCUAAAGAAGAUUUAGAUACAAUGAUAGCUGAAAGUAUGAAAGAUAUAAGCCCUGAAGAGUUAUCUGAUGGAGAAGAUGAUCCAGAAUUAUUAAAUGAACUUAAGAUGAUCACAAAUGAGGAAUCUUCUGAGCAAAUAUCUUUAGAAAGAAAUGAAACUUCAGUAACUGAAAGAACAGAACAACCGGAGAUACAAACUCAUGAUAUAUCUAUGAGAUCUAUGAUAACAUUAUUGCAAGAAAGAUUACAGCUUUAUCAAAUAGCUGAGAAGAAAGCAAAACAAGAAAAUGAACUAAGUCGAGCAAGAAGAUUUAAUAGAGGUAUUAGAACACUUAAGGAAUUGUUGAAUAAUGCUCAAGCAGGGAAACCUAUUAAUGAAAAUGAGAUUCCACCACAGUUGUCAUCGUAUUCUACAGCUGAAACAAAUGAAAAAGCACCAGAAACUAGUAUAACACAAUCUACAGAUCAAAUUACUACUGUAGCUGAGGUUGAUACUACUUUAACCCUGGAAAAUGAUACUGCUGAAGAACUUGCUCUUACAAAGGGUAUAGAUGAAGAAGCAUUAAAAUUAUUAAAAGAUAGACAACAAGAAUAUAAAAUAGCAGCAAUAGCAUGGAAAAGGGCUGGUAACAUGAAAGAGGCCCUUCAAUAUUUAAAUAUAGCGAAACAUUUUGACAUAGUUAUUUCAGCAGUAAAUGCAGGGGAGACCGUCGAUUUAUCAGAUAUGCCACCCUCUCCAAAUAUUCCAGAAUCAAAUAGUACCACAUCACCAACAGAGAAACCAGAAAAAAUAGAAAACGAAACACAGAAAAAAUGUUCCAUAGAUACAACUCCAACUGAAGUGAAACCAUCAGAUCCAGAAAAUUUAGAAACUGCUUUAAAAGAACGUCUUGAAGCAUGUAAAAGGAUAAAAGCAACUGCAGAAAGUGAAGGAAACUCAUCUAAAGCUCGUAGAUAUGGUCGUAUUUGUAAACAAUUUGAAAAUGCUAUUGAAUUACAUUCAUCUGGGAAACCCAUUCCUCUUGAUGACUUACCAACCCUACCUGGUUUUGAACCUCUUACAGUUACUACACAAUCUAAUGCAUCUGAUUCAACGAUAGAAACAAACGAAAAAUCGUCAGAAUCACUACUCCCAUCUGAAAAUAAAAUUUCUUCAGACCCGAAAACUCCUGUUUCUCCUCCAAGAAAUCAAACAGGGAAAAAACAAAGACAAAAAAUGUCACAUGCAGAGAAACAGUUAGCUUUAUUACAGCAGCGUCAGCAUGAAUUAAAACAAGCUGCUCUUAAUGCAAAAAAAGAUGGAGAUAUAGAAUUAGCUCGUACUUAUCUAAGACAAGCAAAGGGAAUUGAUCCAUUAAUUGAAGCUAGUAGAGGUGGCUUACCAGUUGAUAUGAAUUCUAUUCCAUUAUCUCCUGGAGCUAAAAAAGAACUUAAUGUAGAUAGUAUUAUAAGUCUAUUGGAUGAUAAUUUUACAGUAGUUAACACUGAAGAUUGUUUAGAAGAAGCAACUGGGACAGAUGAACAAAUUUAUGAAAAUCUUGAAUCUCAGUUAAUGAAACAAAUUAAGUGGUGUUUAUGUACGAGAGAUCAUUGUAAAGCAUUAGGGGAUGUACCUGGAUAUAAUAAAUGGGAACGAUUUGCAUUGAAUUAUAAACGAGAUUUAGAUAUGCUAACAGUUCGAAAACGAGACGCACUGCCACCACCACAACAUCACUAUGAGGUGAAAACACACACCAUAGUCCAGAGUUGUACAGAUUUAAAUGAUAGUGAUAUAGAAAUUUCAAUAAUUAGGGGAGUAAGUUACUCGAAAGAAGCAGAUACUUAUGUUAUAUUUGAAUUUCCUUAUCCUUCGGAUAACCCUCCAACAGAUAGAACAGCAACUAUUAAAGGAACAUGUAAUCCAGAAUAUCAAGCAAUAUUUUCACUGACUGGAAUAGAUCGUGUAUCAAGACAGUGCCAACGAGUAUUUAAAAGACAUGCAUUAAAAUGUCAAAUUUGGGCUAAAGGAGGAUUCUUCAGAAGCGAUAAUCUCCUAGGUACAGUAACAGCAAAAUUACAACCUUUGGAAACUCAGUGUGUACUUCAUGAUUCAUUUCCGUUAAUGGACGGGAGAAAAGCAACGGGUGGGAAACUUGAGUUAAAAAUACGAUUGAGAAAUCCGAUUCUUACAAAACAAAUAGAGAAUAUUACAGAUAAGUGGUUAAUUAUUGAUUAUUGAUUAUUGAUGUAAUAUAAUGAAAUUUCGAUUUUGAAUUUACUUUGCCAGUGAUUACAUCAUUGAGUCCUUGGAAAUGUAUCUUGCUAAUCGUGAUG